UGUAGAAGCUGAAAUCCAUCAAACACCGUUCUUCAAAAUGCAAUGGAAUGUACCAAGGUCUGUAUUCCGACUGGCACAUAGGACAUGCAUGGAACCACAUAAAGCCAAUCUUUUUGGACACUGUCAAAACCUAAAGGGACCAUUACUUUUGUAUAAAGCUGAAUCCAGAGUAGUUUUGGUACAGGGCCCUCAAAAACAAUGGCUACAUUUAUCUGCUGUCCAGUGUGUUGCAAAGGAAAGGAAGCCAUUCACUGCUCAUCCACCCCAACCAGGGGUCCUUCACCAUAAAGAGUGGGAGCAAGAUAUUUUAUCCAAGAGGAUUAUGUCAUCCAAUGUCACAUCCCCUGGAACUCCUUCGGAAAAAAAGGAAGAACCCGAUCCUUUACAAGACAAAUCUAUUAGUCUUUAUCAACGAUUUAAGAAAACAUUUAGACAAUAUGGAAAAGUUUUGAUACCAGUGCAUCUAAUAACUUCUGGUGUUUGGUUUGGAACAUUUUAUUAUGCAGCCAUAAAAGGUGUGAAUGUCAUUCCUUUUCUAGAACUCAUUGGGUUACCAGACAGCAUAGUAAACAUUCUGAAAAAUUCCCAGAGUGGAAAUGCACUAACAGCAUAUGCCUUGUUUAAGAUUGCAACACCUGCCCGAUAUACUGUGACUUUGGGAGGAACCUCCUUCACUGUGAAGUACUUGCGUAGUCGGGGCUACAUGUCGACACCGCCUCCUGUUAAGGAAUAUCUACAAGACAGGAUGGAAGAGACCAAGGAGCUCCUCACAGAGAAAAUGGAAGAAACAAAGGAUAGACUCACUGAAAAAUUACAAGAAACCAAAGAAAAAGUUUCUUUUAAGAAAAAAGUGGAAUAGGGUGCCUUCUAUAACAGGUGAUAGACAAUUUCUGCACUUUAACCCUUUAGAAACUAUGGACAAAGAUACAUGAUCCUGAUUAUUUUUUUUGGUUGGUUGCCUAAAUAUACCAGUUCUCUGAGGGUUAAAGACCUAAGAUACCUUUUUAAAGUUAAAUAUUACUAGAAAAAUCAGUGUUUUUUGAAAAGAAAAAAAUGAACCCAGGAUAAGAAUUUAACAUCAAUAGCAGCAUUAAGCAGUGGUUAGUGUCGCGUAAGUCAGAGCUCUUUUUUCGGGGUCUUCAGAAUCAUACUUGCUUUAUGUUUUGUUGCAGCUAUAAUUUAUGCAGAUGAAGCAGUUGACUCCUUGGAUAACUGAUGUGGCCCUAGACAGGGUGUUAACACUGGGUUUUCAUCUUUAUGUUAUUCAUUGAGCUUUUAACUAUAUUCAUCUCUUAAUGUGGAAACCAAUAUUACCGUCAAAACUGCCAGUGAAUAAGAGGAUACUUAGUGUUUCUGUAAAAACAGUAUAUAACAGUCAUAUACCAGUUAAAAUACACAUUUUAUAUGAAGGAAUGCGAAUAAAAAUGGAGUCUUGUAUAUGUAAGUAAGAUGUAUUGGUUACAUGUAAAUGAAAAAUUGACCCUUUAAAAAUGAUUUUUACCUG